AUGUUUGGCGGAACAAAUCCUAACAAGGAUGUAGAAGUCGCAUCUCCGCCUGAUGAUACCGUCUCAGCGCUUAAGUUUUCUCCUCCCUCAGUCCCGCAGACAUUCCUUGCUGCCGGUAGUUGGGAUUGUCAGGUCCGAUGCUGGGAAGUGGAAGCUUCAGGCAAGACAGUACCAAAAGCUGCUCAGAGUAUGGGUGGGCCAGUUUUGGAUGUAGCAUGGCAUGAUGAUGGCUCAAAGAUAUUCAUGGCAUCAACAGAUAAAAGUGUCAAAUGUUGGGACCUGGCAUCUAAUACUUCUGUGCAGGUGGCAGCACAUGAUGCUCCUGUCAAAACUUGUCAUUGGGUCAAAGCACCAAAUUACACCUGUUUAAUGACAGCCUCUUGGGACAAAACAUUAAAGUUUUGGGAUACACGCAGUUCAGUACCUAUAAUGUCAUUAAAUCUAUCAGAGAGGUGCUAUUGUGCAGAUGUGGACUACCCAAUGGCGGCAGUAGGACUUGCAGAUCGCUCCAUUUGUCUUUACUCAUUAGAGGGCAAACCUGCAGAAGUAAAGCGUGUAGAUUCACCACUUAAGUACCAGCAUCGUUGCCUUGCAAUUUUCAAAGACAAGAAGACCAAGCAACCAACUGGUUUUGCUGUAGGCUCUGUAGAAGGCCGUGUUGCAAUCCAGUAUGUAAAUCCAACAAACCCUAAGGAUAACUUUACAUUUAAGUGCCAUCGUUCAUCUGGCACUAAUAAUGGUUAUCAGGAUAUCUAUGCAGUGAAUGAUAUUGCGUUCCACCCAGUGCAUGGUACAUUGGCCACAGUUGGUUCUGAUGGUUCCUUUUCAUUUUGGGACAAAGAUGCGCGAACCAAGCUGAAGCCUUUUGAAGCACUAGACCAACCACUCACUAAGUGUGCAUUCAACCACACUGGUCAGAUCUUUGCAUAUGCAAUGGGUUAUGACUGGUCUAAGGGGCAUGAAAGCUACAACCCAUCUAAGAAGAACUUUAUCUACUUGCGGCCUUCCUUUGAUGACCUCAAGCCUCGUAGUACCUGA